CAAAUGCGUUGUAACACACACGCCAUCCAUCACGAUGGAUUAGUUGUUGUCGGGACAGAUUUCUCCUGAGGUGUUCGGUGAAGUGGAAACUAGUGACCGUCUAAGUUGCCAUUGGAUUCUGAUAUUCAGUGAUGUUAACUUUUAACUAGUUGUAAAUAGUCUAAACGUUUUGGGAUUUUGAUCUUGUAGACAUCUUUUAUUGUAGUCAAGCAUAUUUGACAUCUGACUUGUAAACCAGACCACAAUUUGAAAAUUAAUUAGCAUAGUCCUUCAUAAUGGAUCGAAUUCAUUAGUGACCUUUUUCGUCGAAACAAUUGUCCAUCAAACAAGAAUUAAUUCUUAACACGUCUUGCUGACGUCCGGUGGUUCAUGCUUUCCAAGUGCUCAUGUCAAACGGUCUUUGCUUUGCGAACCGUCGGCUGGAUUGCCUGCCUGUAGCAAAUUUAUCAAAUUAUUAAGAUUAUAAACGGUGGUAAUCGGUUAAUUAUCAGUCUUAGGAUGAUAAGGCUAUUAAAAAUUUGAGAAUGCCUUGUCAGUGUGCGAUCAUCGUUAGUGUUAUAAGGUGAUAUGUGUUAUUUAAAGUGAAUGUAAGUGAUAAGUGCUUUGUUUUAAAAUGUGGGGUGCAGCAGUGUCAAAUCCGCCGCAUUACCAUUAUAUACAAGGCUCAAACGGCCCUGUUCCUCAGCGGGGCCCGUCUGGUCCUAUAUUAUCCGGUCCCAAUAAUAGGCAUCUAAGGCCUCAAUCGUCAUAUUCAUUGCCACACGGAAGUAACGGUCCGGGGCGGUGGGGCUGGUCUGGUAGUAAUUCAUCAUCGUUUGACCGAAGGCAAAUGAAAGUGCCACCCCAACCGGCGAGACCAGCACCAGUUCGACCUGCGCAUAGUAAAAAUACUGCCAAUUAUAAGGUCGACCCCGAGCUGAUCUUCACGAAACAAGAGAAGAUCGGUAAGGGUUCCUUCGGUGAGGUCUUCAAAGGUGUCGACAAUAGAACGCAACAGGUCGUUGCUAUAAAAAUAAUUGACCUCGAAGAAGCCGAAGAUGAAAUCGAAGAUAUUCAGCAAGAGAUCAUGGUGCUGUCACAGUGCGAUAGCCCCUACGUCACUAAAUAUUAUGGAUCAUACUUGAAGGGAACAAAAUUAUGGAUUAUAAUGGAAUACCUCGGCGGGGGGUCCGCGUUAGACCUCAUGAAAGCUGGGAGCUUCGAGGAGAUGCACAUCGCAGUGAUCCUUCGGGAGGUACUGCGCGGUCUCGACUACCUACACUCUGAGAGGAAGCUGCACAGAGAUAUAAAAGCAGCAAACGUACUUCUCAGUGAGAUGGGAGAUGUCAAGCUAGCUGAUUUCGGUGUCGCGGGCCAACUAACGAAUACAACAAGCAAACGGAACACUUUCGUCGGUACACCGUUCUGGAUGGCGCCUGAAGUGAUCAAACAGUCUUGUUACGACAGCAAAGCCGACAUAUGGUCGCUUGGAAUCACAGCAAUAGAACUAGCGAAAGGCGAACCCCCCAACUCCGAACUUCAUCCCAUGAGAGUGCUAUUCCUCAUACCAAAAAAUAACCCUCCCCAGCUGACCGGCAGUUAUUCGAAACCAUUCAAAGAGUUCGUCGAGGCGUGCCUGAAUAAGGACCCCGAAAAUAGGCCGACAGCAAAAGAGUUGUUAAAAUUUCAGUUCAUCAGGAAGGCUAAGAAGAAUUCGUAUUUAAUGGAUCUUAUAGAUAGGUAUAAGAAGUGGAAGGCGCAGAGGAGUGAGGAGAGCGAAACCGAGUCGGAGAAUUCGGAUUCUGAGGAGUGCAGUCGCGGCGACGGCGAGGCGGACGAGCCGUGGAUCAUGACGGUGCGCGGCGGCGCGGGCGCGCGGGCGGCCCCGCUGGCGCACCACGCGCACCUCGCGCACCACGCGCACCUCGCCGACGACAAGCGGCGCACCAUGCACGACGACGCCGUGAUACCUUCCCCAACGUCGCCGGUCGCCCCCAAACAGAACGGCUCGUUGAGCGCUCGCGAGGACGUGCCGGCCGACAACCACAACAACCACAAGCCGGCGCCGCUCAACAACAACACGCCCGACAAGCAACCCUCGCGCCAGUCGCCGCUCGUGUCCCCCGAGCAGCGCGGCGCCAAGGAGCGCGAGCGCGCCGAGCGCGACCGGGACGAGCGCAAGGAGCGGGACGCCUCCAACCGGGACAGCGUAGUCUAUAACAAUAAAGCGUCAUCGCCGUUGGAUCACAGAGGAGCAAACAACGAGGAGAACAAAGUGAGGCGACACGCUUAUCUCCAGCAACUUAUAUAUCCGCUAUUAAACGAGUUGUCUCGCAAACACGGCGCGGGCAGCGCGGCCGCCGUGGAGGAGCUGCGGCGCGCCUUCGACGCCGCCGAGCGCGCCGCCCCGCACCUCACGCGCGCCUUCGUGCAGCAGGUGGUACAGAGAGUGGCCACGCAGUCGCACCAACCGUCCCCACCCUCACACAACUCGCAACAGUGGAUGAGGUAGGGCCCCGUAACGCCGGCGGCCGCCCGCAGCGCGCCCCGCCCCGCGCCGCGCCCCGCGCCGCCCGUCGUGACGUCACUCGCCAGCGGCUCUACAUAUAUUAUAUUUUGUUACCCUAACAUAGUGGCUAAUAUUGAACUAAAUAAGAGAGAACCUAAAUUCCUGCGUUAUCGCGUUGAUAUAAACGGAUCAUUGAGGUGGUCGAGGGGCUUACGGAUGUCUGAAUUUAUUAGUGUUUAUAGUUUCUUACUCGUUGAGGAGUGGACCACUGGCCGACUGGCUGCAGUCGGCGUUCUCGUUUAUGAUAAAUUUGUUUCGAGGGGGAAAGGAUUCAUGUCUAAAUAUUUAUUAACGCUGGCGAUAUUAUGGUGUUGGUGAUGCGAAAAAACUAUACAAAAAGGAAAGAUAAUCUUUUAUGUUUAAAUAU